AGCCUGUGUUUCAUCUGUUCCAGCACUUUACGAUGCCUCUCCUCACAGACAGACUGUUCCUUCAGCCUUCACUCAGAUGCCUCGGUGUCUUGGGAUACUUUCUUUUCCUGACGCACAUUUGUAAAGCAUCAGAUGCCACCUCCUGCCCUGUCCUCCGUUUACUGGGGAUUGCUGGAAAUGGAGGAGUGGAUUUAAAUUGUGUGUCUAAAGGCUGGCAGGAGGAAGCUCAGGUCAUUUGGCUGGACGGUGAGGGAAACCUCCUCUCUGCUGGACCUACAGAGACAGUCAGAGGCUCUGAUGGCCUCUAUACUGUCAGCAGCAGAGUGACUGUGGAGAAGAGACACCACAACUGCUUCACCUGUAGAGUCCAACAGAACCACCCCAGCCAGACCAGAGAGGCACAGAUCUAUAUUGCAGAUGAUUUCUUUGACAUCAGAUCCAGUUCUUCUUCUACCACAUUUGGUCUGGCUGCUGGUUUGGCUGUUUGCAUCGUGGUUAUUCUUGGUGGAUUCAUUGUGUGGAACUACAAGACCAAGAGAAGCUGUAGGGAUCAAACUACUGAAAGAGAGAAUGAGAAUCACUCUCAAAGUAACAGAAGUGAAGAUCGGGUUGUAACUGGAGAAGAAAGAGAGACACAGCUUCUCAUGACACCUAAAAACAAUUGUAUACCUGUACAACUGGAGGUUUUAAAUGAGGAGGAGCAGCUGAGAAGGGAGGCUAAUGAGAAAGCACGGGAGACCUUGGAAGCAGAGCUGGAGACCAAGAAGACUGAGCUUAGAAAGAAACGAUCUUAUCUGCAGCAGCUGGAUGAAGAGAAGCAGAAGAAGGAGGAGAACAUGAAGAAACUGAAGGAACAGCUGGAGAACAAGAAGACGGAGGUUCAUGCAAUCAUCUGUAUCUGUAUCUGUUUUCUUCUGAUUGACAAUUCAAGUGAAGGAAUUAGAAGCUGCACUGGCCCAAUACUGGAAGAUCUCUUCAUCACAUGUCUUUAUAUGAUCCAGAGUUCUGAAAAAAAGGAGCACCAGCAGAAGAAGGCGAAGGCUGAAACUGAAGUGGAGAACCGGGAGAAGCAGCUGGAGACUGAACAGAUGGAAUUAGCCACCAAAACCAAACAGAUUAAUGACAAACAAGCUGAAGUCCAGCAGCUCCAGGAGGAGAUUCAGAAGAUGGAGACCAACCUGCAGAGCCUGAUGGAGCAGCUGGAGUCCAGACAUGUGAAGGUUGAAUGAAACCAGAUGUGAACUGAAGCUCAAGCGUUAUCAGACACAGUUCUCCAGGGCAGACCGACACCAGCCUGGACCUUCAGGUUCUGACACUGGACACAACAUGGCUGCCAGACGAGCAGCUGACACUCACAUGGCGACAUCUCCGAUCAGCUGACACCACUGUGGGAGAAUUAACAGUUGUGUUUUGUUAUGAAUCGUGAAUGUAAGAUGGAGGCACUGAUGAAGCUUCUGUGUUUCUCAAACAGGCUGAAAAUGAAUCAAAUAGUUUAAUAUUGUUUUAACACUCCAUGUCGUCCAUAGAGUCUUUAAUUCACAUGGAUGCUUUCUCACAACCUCAAUUUAUUUAUUUAUUUAUUCUUCAUUUUUGUAGCUUUCACUGCUCAAACGCUCCACUGACUCUCUCUCUCUGUGUUUUCACUGGAUCAGAUAUGACUGUACAGAAAUGGCUCCACUGAUCAUGUUCAUUGCUUUUUAUUAAAUAACUCCACUUUAACAAUGAAACCUCUACUGUUUACAUUAAAAAAGACUGGAUCAAACCCAAAUGUAAUGUUUGAAUCUGAGACUUGAAACUAGAGAGAUUUUAGAUAUUCUGUGUUUUGUCCUGAAACUGAGGUAUCUGGACUGCAACACAUUCUGAUCUUUGAUUUAACGUAGUUUAGAUUAAACUAUGACAGAUUAGUUUUCCUUGUGUGAGUAAAGGAAUGAAGACAGUGUGGGGCGUACAGGUCCCAGGGGUCCCAGAGGUCCCAGAGUUAUUAUUAUUGUUAAAGGUUAGCAGAGGGCCACCAUAAAGCACUAAAACUGAGUCUGACCCUCAUGCCAGAUGGUGGGAGAUGAUGGAUAAAUGCUCACAUUCCUGUAGAAGGACAGAGAGACCAUUUGGGUCAUUUUGGGGUAUAAGACCUAAGGAGUGAUAGCAACCGAGUUAGGUGAUUGAUGGGAGAUGAGCAGAGAAACAGGUCAACUUCUCUUUCAGUCUGUUGGAUAGAUGGACCUUCAGUUCAUCAAAGUGACCAGUUAGAAGAAGUAGGUAUGUACAGUUAAAGGGGCUUUAAAAAGGCCCACACAGGCAGAGAAGGUUAGGUGGUUACUUGUAGAUUUCCUAAGAUAGAAGGUAGAGCAGAGGGCAAAGCAUUGGGCAUAAACUUGCCAUUGAUUUGUGAACACCAGGAUGUGGCCACACUGGUUCGGACGCAGGCUUGAGAUCUGUUUCAGUAACGACUGCUCUAUCAUUCCACCCAGCCUCGCCUCAGCAGAAUUCUUUUAUUAACAAACUACAUGCUGACAUACAAUCUCUUUCCAGCACAACGGUCAGGAUGGCCCAACACAGUUGAGAGUGACUAAUAAAACAUUAUAACAUACCUUGAACAACACUGACACUAUGAAAAAAUUAUCA